AUGUCUCGACAGGAAAAGAUUGAUGAGAGGUAUAAAGUAGAGAAAUAUGCAGACAGUACUCAUGAAUUCAACAGAAUUGCAAAAGAUCUUAAUGAUGCAUUCGACGAAAUAAAUCAAUGUCCAUGGGGAAUUAAUUAUCAAAACGAAAUUUUCGAAAAUUUGGAAGAUUUAGAGCUAACAUUGAACUCGAUUCCACAUCCUACCAUAGAGUCAUCAGAAAUGUCGCAAUUAUUAUGUCUUUGCUUAUUUUAUGAAGAUUUAAUUAAUAACAGAAACGAUAUAUCUUCUGAAAAACUAUUGGAAGGCGCAAUACCACCAUCUUUUAAAGCAAAAGUCAUACACAUGGCAAAAUACGUAAAUGCAUUGGAUAUAGAAGCAAAUAAACUCCAGUCAUUAUCUAAAUUACAUAAUAGUAUUAUAAAUCUCCCAACAGAUGAACUUAAACAACUUUAUUAUUCAAUAAAUAAAUCAGUUGCGUUAGAAGAAGCCCAAAAUACAGGAAUAGAAGAAAUUAAAAAUAGCUUUCUAUCAUUAGAUACAGACACACUUAUGAAAAUUGUUAUUAAAUUAGAUAUACGUGAUCUUUCCAAAAGACUUGACGAUUUAUCGAAGACAAUCAAUGAAUAUUAG